AUGGCCCCUGUUCUCUCAGAUCUGCACACGGAGGACUUAGUGAGAAACCUGGAGGACGGAGUUCUGUCGGAGCGACACUUCACUCUGCUGAUGGACCAGCACGACGCCGCUCAGUACUGGCUGAGGGAGCAUGUAACAGUCCUGGGACCACCUCCGGCCGACAGACACGGGCUUCAUAAUACCACCAACACCCUGAAGGCUCUGCUGCAGACACUGGACCGCGAGCACAAAGACUUGAAGGAGCUGGACUCUGCCAGAGACUCUUUGUUGAGCUUCUGUACCCCUGAAGGUCAGGAGGCUCUGAUCCUGAAGGUCAGACUCCUUCAUGACCUCUACAGCAGCUUGGAGCAGGAGGUGAGGGAGCACCUGAGGACAUGUGAGGAGCAGUUAGAGGAGACGAGGCAUCAGCUGACCCAGGUUUCGGAGGGUCUGAAGGAGGCAGCAGCAGCUCUGCAGUGGGAGCUCCGCUCUCUGGAUCAGGCUCUGAGUUACAGCGAACCUCAGGACAACGUGGCCCAGCUGCAGCAGCACUGGAGCAGCCUGCAGGUGAGACAAACGCACCCUUACCUGGAACAGAACUGUGAGAAGUCCCUCGAUGGUUUGGGUCAGAAAGUUUCUCACCUGCAGCAGGAAGUGACAUCACUAUCUUCCACCAAUGAGCUGCCAGCAGACGUCAUCAAACCUGAACACCCAGCUACACAGACCGAGGUAGAACCUGAACACCUAGCUACACGGACCAAGGUAGAACCUGAAAAACCAGCUACAUGGACCGAAGAGGAACCUGAACACCCAGCUGCACAGACCAAGGUAAAACCUAAACACCCAGCUGCACAGACCGAGGUAGAACCUGAACACCCAGCUGCACAGACCAAGGAAGAACCUGAACUCCCAGCUACACAGACCAAGGUAGAACCUGAACUCCGAGCUACACAGACCAAGGUAGAACCUGAACACCCAACUGCACAGAUUGAAGAAGAACCUGAAAAAACAGCUGAACAGAGAGAGGUGAAACCUGAACAACCAGCUGCACAGACCGAGGUAGAACCUGAACAACCAGCUGUACAAACCGAGGUAGAACCUGAACAACAAGCUCCACAAACUGACGGAGAACCCAAAGAACCAGCUGUACGGACCGAGGAAGAACCAGAACAAAUAGCUGCACUGUCUGUGGUAGAACCUGAACAAUCAGCUGCUCAGAUUGAGGAAGAACCUAAACAACCAGUUGCAUGUACAGAGAUAGAACCCAAACAAACAGAUGUACAGACAGAGGAAGAACCCAAACACCCAGCUACAAGGUCUGAAGAAGAGCCCAGACAACCAGCUGCACAGACAGAAGAAGAACCUGAACAGGCAGCUGAACCAACAGAGGAAGAAUCCAAACAAGAAGUUGCAGGAACAGAUAAAGAAUCCAAACAUUUAGCUGCAUGGACAAAGAAAGAACCUGAACCAACAGCUGAACCAACAAAGAAAGAAUCCAAACAACCAUGUUCACAGAAAGAGGAGGAACCUGAGAGUUUUACUGAGCCAAACAAAGGUACUCCAAUGGAAAAGAUAAAACGAACACAAAGUCCAACAAAAUCAAAAAGUGCUGGACCUAAAACAACAUCUAAAGUUGGUUCUUCUGUAGAACCUGGGGAGAACAGGACUAUCCCUGAUGGUGAAACGGAACAAAUGGAAGCUACUGGCAUCAAGGAAAGUAAACCCUCUCCAACCAAAAGAUCAAAACAUCAAAUUAUUUUCAGAGAACAUACAGAGGGGGUCUCAAAACACAAAGAAGAACCUGACAGCAAGAGACCUUUAAGUUCUGAGGAACAAACAGCUUUGGCUGUGAAACAAACUAGAGUUAUACCAGUCAGGAGAAAGUCAAAGGGUCUUCAGGCUUCUGCAGCUUCAGAAUCUGCUUCUUCUGCAAGUAAAAUACCUGGUGAGGAUGCCAAGAAAACCCAACAAGAAACUGGAAAACCUACAAUCCCACCACCAAGGAGAAAGUCGAGGACAGCAGAUGCUUGCCCCAGGGUUACUGCAGCACCUCAGCUGAGUAAUGACCCUGAAGGUCAAAAGUCCUCUCUUAGAUCUCUUGAUGUGGAACUGGAGCCAUUUCAGAAAGAAACUGUUGGUCAAAGGUGUUCAACUUCUGAUGAGUUCACAGGAUCUGUGGAAAGUUCUGUUAUGGAACAAGGAAAACCUUCACCAGCCAAAAGAAGGUCAACAAACGAGAAAAUUGCUGCCAAAUCAGUGACAGAAGAAAUAUUAGAACCUGGAGAACUGGCAUCUACAGAGGAACCAGAAACAGCUCCUUUUAUAGAAACAAAAAUUGUACCAGCUAAGAGAAAGUCAAGAAGUAGCGAUGCACCAGUGACAUUAAAGUCAGAUACUGUCACUGCUGGAUCUGAAGAUCUGGACUCUCAGGAAACUAUAAAAGAACUUGACAUUGUAAGAAUUUCUUCCAAUGAGCCAUCAGAUACGGCAACUCCUGUUCAGAAAGAAGAUAAGCUCUUGUCAGUCACAUGGAUGUCCGAGACCAUUAUGACUCCCCCUGAACUUUCUAACAAAGAGGAAAUGCAAGUCAUGGGAAAACCUGGAGAUCCUAUAACUGAAGGUACUGUUGCAAUGAAAUUAGCUCUGACGGGUUCUGAUGGUCAGGCGCUUCCUGCAGUUCCAAAGGUUGGCUCAAAAACAACUGAAAUAUUGCUCUUGGAAAAAGUUGUGUCUGAAGAAUCUGAGCAAAAAACAGCUUUAAAAACAGAGGAAGUCAAAGGACAAACAGAAAGUGUAAUUGAACCAGUUGAGCUUUCCCAAACCAAAGGAAUGCCAGAAAGUCCAAAAGUUCCCCUGCAACAUGUUGACAAGAAUAAGAUGCCAACAAACAAAGAACAUAUUGGACCUCUGUCUGCAGAGGAAACUGAAACUGCUGUUCUGUCAGAAACAAAAAGUGCUGAUGUUUCUACAGCUUUAAAGCCAGAUACUAUCUCUGCUGGGUCUGAUGAUGUGGACUCUAUAAAAAUUAAUAAAGAGCUUGAAUGGGCAAGAGUUACUCCAACUGAACCAUCAGGCACAGUAAUUACUGUUCAGGAAGAAAAUAAGUUAUUGCUUAAUACAUCAGAGAGUCUGAUGACUUCCCCUGACCUGCUAUAUGAGGAGGAAAUACGGGUCAUGGAAAAGCCUGGAGGUCCAGUAACUCCAGAUGACCUGGCAAUGGAAACUGUCUUAAAAAGCUUUGAUGACCAGACACUUCCUGCUGCUCCACAAAUUAUCCCAACAAUAACUGAAACUUCUGUCUUGGAAAAAAUAGAGCUUUCACCAAGCGACAAACGGUCAGAAAAUCUGAAGCGUUCCACAGACAACGAUGCUGUGCUUUUGUUUGAACCCAAGGCUAAAUCUGAAAUGAUUAUGUCAACAAAUCAAACAACAGUUACUGUUUCUGGAAAAACUGAACCAAUGCCAGCCAGCAGGGAGUCAACGAAUCUCAUAGAGUCUGAAGAAACUGGAAAAGAACCAGCUUUAAAAGGAGAGGAUGUCCAAGGACAAACUGAAAGUGUUGUUGAAUCAGUUGAGCUUUCUCAAAUUAAAAGUAUAUCAGAAAGUCCCAAACAUUUCCUGGAACUUGUUGACAUUAAGUGUGAGAGUUCAUUUCUGCCUGCCAAAGAUCAAACAAAAGGUUUAGGUUUAGACAUAACUGAGGUUGUACGGAGUGGAAAAGACCUGAACAAUGCUGAGUCCUCUGAAUCUACAGAGACCAACAGAAGAGACACCAAUGCUGAGAUCAAACGUUUGAAGGAAGAAGGUGACCAUGAGAAACCUGUCACUGCUUCAGAGGUCCUCCAUGAAAUCUCUGCAUGCGUGACGACUCGAACAGGUGUGAAGGACAUUAGUUCAGUAGUUGUGAAGACUCAAAGUCAGGUUGUUGAAAGCCAGGAUCUCCAAGAAAAGAAAGUGGUCACAGUCAGUCUGGAUACAAGUGAAGUGCGUGAACAUGUUGCUCAUCACUUUGAUGUCCAAAGUUGCACUCUAACUUCUCAUUCUUCUCAUACAGAAGAACUUGAGUCAGACGUUCUACCUGUCUCAAUAAUACCACCUCAAACUGCAGCCACAGGCCAUCAGAUACCUGAGGAUAAUUUAAAAGGCCAAACCUCUGUCCAGUCUUCAGAAACGUGCUUUGGAGCAGAUGCUCCAAUACAGCUUCAAUUGGAUGAUUCUACAGAUACUCCAAAUUUAGCAGAUUACAUUGACAAGUUAUGGACAAACACUGAAGAGAAGGAGACGAGAUAUUUGCUCCUUAAUGUGUCAGAUAUACAGAUCCUCCAGACCUGUGAGGCAAUGUCAGAUGAACCAGACCAAAAAACUGUGGUCGCAAGUGACUCCACUACAUCUACUGUCUGGUCCCAUGAGGAAAAGAUAGAAAAGAAUUCAUCUGAAGAUGAAAAGGUUACCCCAAGUGAAACCACGAGCCAGCAAAAGGUGUCUGAACAAGAACCACCACAGGAAAAACCUAAAGAAGUCAGAGAAAGUGAUGUUCAGGAGGACAAGGCUUCAAGAUAUUUUCAAGUGAGUCAGAAUGAAGGAUUUAUUCAGAAAGAGCCCAAAGUAUGCAUCCUACAGCUUGAUAUAACUACCAAUACCAGUCCACAGGAGAACGAUGACACGUCUUCUGCAGGGGAUGAGCCAAAGAUGGAAACUGUGAUCCAGAUUGGAAACAUCCAACAAACCACCUAUGUUCUUCAAGAUGACCUACCUCAGACAGACUCUGUCCAGCUCAACUUGCCUUCUUCUAAAGCACUGUCACAAGACAAGACAGAAUUUAUAGAAAUAAGCUUAUAUGAACAAGAUCCAAUAAGCUUCAACAAAACUGAGGCUGACAUCGAGCCUAACGCAGUCUGCGAACACAUUAGGUCAGAUGAACAUUCUGCUGUAACUUGUGUUAUCAGCAGUUCAACAACAAGCUUUAAUGAAAAAACUACAGCUGAUGUUAUCUCAGAGAUAUCUGCACCAGAGACGCAACAACUCUCCUCUGCUGUUUAUGAAUCGAUACAACCACACCAGGCUAAAGUUAUAGAAAUAAGCUUGAAUAAGCGGGAUGCAAGUCCAGGUGGAACCAAGACUGUGGUCUCAGAGACCGAACAAGAAAGAUUUGAACUGCAUGAAGAACAUCCUGUAAUGAAACAUGGAGAAUAUAGUUCUGUUCACUUGGAAGAAAGCCCUGCUGGGGUGGAGAAAAUCCAUGUGGAGCAUGAAGGACCAGGAGAAGAUCUGACUCAGACAAGAACUCAGAGUGAAGGAGUGCCUGAAAACAAAGAGAAGGUUGAUACUCAUAUUCAUCCAGAGGAUGAGGCUGUUCAGAGUCACUACAGGUACCAUGUGUCUGCUGGGUCUGAAGAAGUUCCAUCAAGUGAAGAAGGGACAAUAUCCAGAGAAAAAUCUGAGCAGGAAACAUUAAAAAGAAGUCCAGAUAUGUUGAAAACAACUCUAAACAAACUGGAAGGUGCACACAGAAACCUUGAUGAAAAGUCUAAAACAGAGAAAGCGAUCCUCAGAGGCACUCAAGCUCCUGUUAAACACCCCAAUACACCUGAGCAACAAAUCCCAUCUGUGUCAGUCGGAGAUAACAGCAGUUCACCAGAAAGACCAGAGCAACAAGUCCCAUCUGUGUCAGUCAGAGAUAUCCCAGGCUCACCAGAUAAACAAGAGCGACAAAUCCCAUCAUCGUCAGUCGGAGAUAUC